UUGAAAAUGUUGUUGGGACCACUAUGGAUGAAAAAUUUGGCCCUUCUGAUGUUUAUAUAUCAUAUCUCCCUUUAGCACACAUUUAUGAGCGGACAAACCAAGUCAUGCAUGUACAUUUUGAUGAGACUCAGAUCACACAUCUGCUAAAAGAGGUCCAGAAGAUAUUGAGGUUAGAACAUGGCUUCAAUUGGGGUGUCAGAGAUGCUUGGAAACCCCAUCAAGUUGAGUGGUGCAACAAGGUCAGCACCAUCAGCUUCUAGCCCUGCCACCUUCGAGACUGUGGCUCUCUUUGGUAAGAAGAAGGCAGCACCACCUCCUCCUUCAAAGAAAGCUGCUGCUGCUGUCACUCCUGCCAAUGAUGAACUCGCCAAGUGGUAUGGAUUCUGGCUGAAGUUGAAAACCUUGCUACUAAUUGUAAUGAGACUGAGCUUAAGUUGUAUUGUUUCUGUUUAG